GAUGAAGUCCAGCCUAAUGCAUUUGGUUCCACCAGUGAAUAGAGAAAGAAUAAUCUCCAAGUUUCCCAAGUGGUACACGCCUGAAGCCUGUCUGCAGUUUAAAGAGCAUUUCCAUGCACAGGUCAGAACUGCUUGUCAGCAGAGCACUGGAACAGCUGGGCUGAAAAUAUCCAAAGUGGUUGUGGUAGGAGACCUGUAUGUUGGGAAAACCAGUCUUAUCAACAGAUUUUGUAAAGAUAAAUUUGACCGAGACUACAAGGCAACCAUUGGAGUAGAUUUUGAGACUGAACGUUUUGAGAUAAUUGGAAUGCCAUAUAACCUCCAGAUAUGGGACACAGCAGGUCAGGAGAAGUUCAAGUGCAUUGCGUCUGCUUACUACCGAGGAGCAGAGGUUAUAAUAACAGUGUUUGAUCUGGCUGAUAUCCAAACUUUGGAUCACACCAAACAGUGGCUAGAAGAUGCAUUGAGAGAGAAUGAGCCAGAUUCCAGCUUCAUCUUUCUGGUUGGAACAAAAAAAGAUUUGGUGUCAGAUGCUGUGUGUGAAAGGACAGAGCUGGAUGCCAUCCGUUUUGCCAAGGAGAUGCAGGCAGAAUACUGGUCGGUUUCAGCCAAAACAGGAGAAAAUGUCAAAGAAUUCUUCUCCCGUGUUGCUGCCUUGGCCUUUGAACAGUCCAUGAUAAAGGAGCUGGAGAACACUCCUGGGCACAGGGCCCAGAUUGGGGCAGGAAAUCUCAUCAGUAUGUGGAAGAACAUUAUGGAAGUUCCAGAAGACAAAACUCAAGUCAGCCUGAGUUGCUGCUAA